CUUCACGAAAGGCUGGAAUGCACGUCGCUACAUGCACCAACAUAUCACUUUAUUUGCAGCGUCGUCGCGUCAAUCAAAUUCACAAAUGCUACGACAAUGCCAGAGCCUUCUCUCGAUUGGUAUAGGACCCCAACGUGGCAUUUGCUGAUUAGCCUUACAGGGCUUUGUUUAAGGCACUGAGCCGAAACCGACGAGACUGGCGCCUACUCCUCGGCGCUAAUAGAGGGCCCUGCCUUGUUGGUUUUGACCCUGAGGAGGACCCCAAGUCUCUCACGCCGCGUAUUGUAGAGUAUUAUACGGAGGUUGGAACGCACCAUAUAUAUGUGCUCCAAGGCUGGCGAUAAACCACCGAUGUUUUCAGUGCUGGAUUGACGGCCACGUUGCGCACUUCAACCAGAACAUCUUGCUAUAAAACGCUGCACUCUAAUGGAUGGAGCAUUAUGACUUCCCAAGAAUCUACCUGCGUAGCCCUGCAAGAUGCUCCAGCAAACUCUGGUGCGAUGGAGCUUUCCAAACCGAGUGCGAUACCAUAUGAGCAGUCUAGGCUGUACCAGCUAGAGAUGUUCGAAGCAAGCAUGGCCCGCAACACAAUUGUAGUGAUGGAUACUGGCAGCGGAAAAACUCAUAUUGCGGUUAUGCGCAUACAGGCCGAGCUAGAGAGAUGUCCGCCACAGAAGCGUGUCUGGUUUCUUGCCCCGACAGUUGCACUAUGCGAGCAGCAAUGCUCUACUCUCCGCACAAACAUCCCGUACGUUCAGACACGCCUACUCGUGGGUUCCGAUAAUGUCGACCGUUGGAGUGAGCAAAGGAUAUGGGACGCAGUGCUGGAAAACGUCCGUAUAGUAGUAUCCACUCAUGGCGUUCUGUCAGAUGCUCUCAGCCACGGGUUUGUCCGAAUAGAAGAGCUGGCGCUCUUAGUGUUUGACGAAGCUCAUCAUUGCGCGGGCGAGCAUCCCGCAAAUAAGAUAAUGAAAAAUUACUAUCAUCCUCUCCUAGGGUUGAAAGGGCCAGAUGCUGUACCACACAUUCUCGGCUUAACGGCAAGCCCAGUUAUUCGAUCCAAACCAUCGGAUCUAGAAAUUAUCGAGCGUGAUCUCAAUGCGCUAUGUCGAACACCACGAGUUCAUCGUGGGGAGCUGCUGGAACAUGUCCACCCGCCGACAUUCGUGAGGCUUGCCUACUUGUCAAAUCCAUCAAUCUACGGGCAAUAUACUUCUCUGGCGCUUGUUAGCCUAAUUGCUGUCUAUACCGAUGCUACGAACUCGAGCACGUCCCGAGAUUCAGACGACAUUGAUCUAAUCAAGGAAACCUCAAAGGUCCUCCGCGAAUUAAAAUCAUUUUGCACGAAAGCAAAUCAUGUAUACGACGAGCUAGGCCAAUGGGCUGCAGAUUACUAUAUUAAAACAUCUAUAGAUAUCUGGAGUGCCGCAGAAACGAAACGGAACGGCGACCCGUUUUUUGAUAAUGGGAAACGGAGCAAUGCUGUACUCGAGUUGUUGCUUCAAGUUCACGGUGCUAGUUCGGCAUUGAACUCUGGUCAUCCGGAUGAAACGAACACAACACGAAAAGUGCGACAGUUAAUUCGAUUCCUAACAAGCUACAGGGACGGUGAUCUUCAUGGGAUCAUAUUCGUUGAGCAACGGGCAACGGUGGCCGUCCUCCACCACCUCCUAUCCGUCCAUCCCAUGACAAAGGGCAUGUUGAGGUGCGGGACAUUUAUUGGAACUUCUAGCUUCUCUAGUAGGAAGUCAUCUCUUGGCGAUUGGCUCAGUCCUUUAGAGCAGACGGAUACUCUCGAUUGCUUUCGAAAGAAGGACAAGAACUUCAUCAUUGCGACUAGUGUUCUUGAGGAGGGGAUUGACAUAUCAGCUUGUAACAUAGUUAUAUGCUUCAAUAAACCGCCCAAUCUCAAGUCGUUCAUCCAACGAAGGGGAAGGGCAAGAAAAAGGCGUUCUAUUUUUGUCCUCCUAGUCCCUUCGGAUGACCGUUCUUUGGGUCCACAAGAAUGGGGAGACAUGGAGAUUCAAAUGAGGGUAGAGUAUCAAAAAGAUGCUUCGAAGCGUCAGAAGCUGCAGCAGCUGGAAGAUACGGAAGAGCAUGUUGAAGGGCGUUCCAAUGCUAGAUUCGAGAUCAAGUCAACCGGGGCCCUCCUCACCCCUGAAACUGCCGUUGCUCACAUCCAUCACUUCUGCGCAACUCUACCCCCGCAGCCCUACGUGGAUCUCCAACCGAAGUUCUAUUUCCAAGAGAGUUUCUACGGCUUGAUAACUGGCAAUGUGACAUUACCAAACUGUGUCGAUUCAUCAGUACGGACGGCAACUUCUGGCUGGGAAUGGAAGUCUGAACGGAUGGCCAAGAAAGAUGCCGCUUUCCAGGCGUACGUUGCCUUGUAUAAGAAGGGGUUGAUUAAUGACAACCUACUACCUCUGCUACUUGGGAAGGAUGAGGAGGUUACGCCUGAUAUAGAGACCAGGGCUUCUGUAGAGGAAGUCUCCGAAAUCUAUAAUCCUUGGAUAAGUAUUGCAAAAAGUUGGAUGGAGCCAGGAGAGUCUCUGAAGAAGAAACUUAUAUCCAUCGCCAGGCCUGACCGUCCCACGCUGUAUUUGGUCAUCGUUUUCCCUCAGGACUUGCCUGCGCUCGAAACCUUUACAAUUUACUGGGAUAAUGAGAUAACCUACUCGAUUUCUAUUAGUGAUACUACGCCAAUAUCACCCACAGACACCCCAUUCAUUCCUAUAAUGAGGCAAGUUACAUCAACGAUUUUUCAAGCGGUCCAUUUCAACCGGAUGCCAACUGGACGUGAUGAUUUUCUUGCGCUCUUUAUACCAUAUAUUGGUGAAGGGCUACUUCGGUCAUGGUUGGAAGAAAGUGCUGGCAAUUUGCCUGCCACGGAGGUACUAAAUGCGAAUCCCAACGCUGCUUCAUAUGGCCUCAUCCGAGACCAAGCACGUUAUGCGGCCCCACAUAUAUUCAAAGAGACUACUGAUGAUGGGACGAUAAAAGUCACCCGUUUACCCAAAAGACGAGACUUCCUUCAUCGCAGUUUCGCAAGCAAGUCAGAUACCGAAAACGAGAUAGAUUGCUCUGAGAAGCCAGCUUUAUUCCUGCCCUUAGAAUCAAGCACUGUCGACAAGUUGCCCAUGGAAUAUGUGGAGUGCUCUCUUCUCAUUCCUUCGAUUAUGCACCGACUAUGGAGGCAAGCCCUUGCGUUGGACUUGUAUAACGCCGUAUUUGAAGAUCAGGGGUUUCUUAACCUCGAUUAUGUUAUCACGGCAACAAACGCCCCUUCAGCCAACGAGAACUCAAACUACCAACGCUUGGAGUUCAUUGGGGAUUCUGUCUUAAAAUACCUCGUCUGCGUGAAUUUAUACGCAACUCAACCCUCAUGGCCUGAAGGCUACCUGUCUAGGGCCAAGGACCAGGCUGUUGCUAACUCUCGCCUUUCGCGUGCUGCCCUGGCUGUAGGACUGGACCGUUAUAUUGUAACGAAAACCUUCACAGCACGCAAAUGGUCCCCACCGUAUAUUCGGGAUAUAUUAGAUGCUGCGUCAUCUCCAGAGAAGCGCACCUUGUCAACCAAGGUCCUCGCCGACGUCGUGGAAGCGCUUAUUGGCGGUGCAUUUCUUGAUAGGGGGUACGAGGCAGCUGCAACUUGUAUAAGCCGCUUCCUUCCUGAGAUGCCGAUAACAGACCCGCUAGAUAUAUUUGCUAGAGGUUUCGGUGCAGAGAGUGUUUUUGCUCCCACAUCGCUCGCAAACGGUCACCUUGCAGAUGUCGAGCACUUAAUUGGAUAUCAGUUCAAGAAUCGUGGUUACCUACUAGAAGCUAUAACCCACCCAUCUUGCGAACACGACUCGCACACAAGCUCGUAUCAGAGAUUAGAAUUCAUUGGGGACGCUACUUUGGAUAUGAUAGUCGUUUCCUUCAUGAUCGACAGUGCACCAGAGUUAUCACACGGCAGGAUGCAUCUGACAAAGACUGCUGUGGUUAAUGCGGGUUUUUUGGCCUAUCUUUGUAUGGAUUCAUCGCUUGAGCAGGUUGUUACGGACGUCGCUUUGAGUCCAAACCACUACUCGGCGGGCUUUACAGAAGUCCACAGCUCAAAGCUUGUGCACCUAUGUCAGUUAAUGAGACAUCAACACCCGGAGAUAAACACUGCAAUGAGCAGCUGCUUGGAAAGAUACCGUAAAUUGCAGCCUGCCAUUGCGUCGGCUAUUGCCCAUGGAAAUGAGUAUCCAUGGGUACUGUUAACAAGUCUAGCUCCAGCAAAGUUCCUGUCUGAUAUAGUCGAAAGCAUCAUUGGCGCUGUUCUCAUAGACGCAGGCGGCGAUUUAUCAGCAUGCAAGAAAGUCGCAGAGAAUAUUGGAUUAAUCGCCUAUCUUCGCCGCAUUCUGGAUGAGGAUAUAGAUAUUCUUCACCCGAAGAAUAAGCUCGGUGAAAUGUCUGGGGGUCAGAAGGUCGAGUAUAAGCUUGGAAAGGAGGGGCAGGAAUAUACCUGUACUGUGGAGGUGGGAGGCACCCCCAUUAUCGGCGUCUCACAGGGGAUAUCUCAGGAGGAGGUUAUGACGCAGGCAGCUUAUAUGGCUGUUGUGCUUCUUGGAGAGUGAUUUAUACGACUUAUGUAGUAUGCUACUGUCUCUCAUAUGCCAAUUUCAGUAUAAAAUCCUAUCCUACCGGAAAUUUAGUAGAAUACUUGUGCCACCUAAAGGUCAAGAGACGGGCU